AUGUCAAAUACAGAUAAUAAUAAUGAAAGUAAUAAUAAUAAUAAUAAGAUAGAAUCCUCUUUUAAUACUAGUACAACGAGUACAACUACAACUACUUCAAAUAAUAAUGAAUUGACAAGUUUAACGGCAACAGUUGCAUCACCAACAACUUCAAUACCAUUAUUGGAUGGAGUUGAAGAGGAAGAAGAAGAUAAAUGUUCAAUAUGUCUUGGUGUAGUUGAUGAUAUCACAUUCUUGGACAUUUGUUUUCAUCAUUUCUGUUAUCAUUGUAUCUUGCAAUGGUCUGAUCUAUCUCUCAAAUGUCCUCUAUGUAAAAGUCAAUUUCUAUCUUUAAUUUAUAAAGUUAAAUCAAACAAAGAUUAUAAAAGACAUAUAUUAAAUAAUGAAAAUAAUAAUAAUAAUAAUAAUAAUAAUAAUAAUAAUGAAAGUAAUAAUCAAAAUCAAAAUAGAAAUUCAAGAAACAAUUAUAUAAAUGAAAGAAGGAAUCAAAGACAACAACGAGAACAACAACAACAACGAGAGUUAUCUUCGAAAGUUUAUUAUUUACCAACAAUUACAAGAUCAAAUGAUGAUGAAUAUGAAUAUAGAAGAAGUGUUUAUGCAAAUGAUUGUAUGGCAGUUCCAAUGGUACCUCCAUUCAAAUUGUAUCUUAGUCCAUCGAUGAUUGAUGGAUCGAUUCAAUAUUGGAAAAAGAGAUUGACACCUUGGAUCAAACGUGAAUUACAGAGUAUUCUGCAAACAGACAAUGUCGAAGUACUCGAGGAAUUGGUGUUUUCAUUGCUCAGACGAUACGAUAUCAAGAGCACUGAACUCAAAUCUACCCUAUCAAGAUUCCUAUUUACAAAAACUGACCUCUUUAUUCAUGAACUAUUAUGUUAUGCUUCAUCCAAUUUAAAUAUUCAAACUUAUGACAAAAAAGUAAAAUAUUUAAAUAAUAAUAUUCAAAGAAAUCAAAAUAAUGAUGAUAGUGAUGACGACGAUGAUAAUAAUGACGAUCGUUAUCAUCAUAUUCAAUCUACUUCAACAAAAAGAAAACAAUUUGAACCAAAAGAUGUUAUUGUUAUUGAAGAUGAUGAUAAUGAACCAUUAACCAAUAUUAUAAAACAAUCGAUUAAUAAUCAUGGUCGGCAUGUUCCAUCCAUUAUAACAGAUAUUAUCAAUGACUCUAAAAGAGAGGAAAUGGAACAACAACAACAUAAAAAGAUAAGGUUGCAUCUAUCAAAUAUUAGCGAGGAGCCGAAUUGGGAUUUGAUUGGACAUGACAAUGAUUCCUUACAAGACAAGAUCUAUCAAUUACAACGUUCCAUUUAUAAAUUAAAAGAAUUGGUUAUGGAAACGAAUAAUAUUAAUAAUAAUAAUAAUAAAAAACCACAAAUUGAUUGA